AUGACUUGGUUCUAUGAACUCUUCACAUUCAUAAUAGUCUGCUUUCUGCGUUCAUGCCGACCUGACGACUCCAAUACCAUUGGUAAGCGUCAAACCUUGGGUACGAGCAGUUUCGAAGACCGUUUCAGCGUAGCCACCACCUGCAGAGGCUGGGGAUGGUCGUCAGUGGUGCUUGCGACUGUGACUCAGAAGGAGGUGGCGCGCAUGGAAUCAGUCACUGCGACGUCCCAGGCAUUUUUCUCGUCGAAAAGUUAUGUCCAGCAUGACAUGGAAAGUAGAAACCUCGAGGAUGAAUGUGUAUAA